GUCGGCUUGGUUGUUGGAAAUAAACAGGACACAAAAGCUUGAUACUUUUUUUUUGACAGCUUAAGUAAAAAGACACUGGUCCUCGACUGCUGGAGGAUUUGGGGGACAUUUGUUGGGGGGACAGCCAUGGCGGAGGUGGGAGUGAAGGGUAAAAGGACAGGGCUCCCGGGCUUAUGUUGGAAAACCUGCUACUUUCACGUCGUGUUUUGGGUCGUGUCAGUCUGUGGAGAGGAGAAGAGCUUUGUGGUGGAGACGUGGUUGAAGAAUUAUGGCUACUUACUCCCACAUGACAUCCGGACAUCAGACUUGCGUUCAGAGAAAGCCAUGCAAUCAGCAGUUGCUGCUAUGCAGCGGUUCUAUGGCAUCCCGGUGACUGGGGUACUUGACCAAACAACCUUAGAGUGGAUGAAGAAACCUCGAUGUGGGGUUCCUGAUCACCCUCAACGAAGGAGAAAUAAGCGCUAUGCUCUUACUGGUCAAAAAUGGAGGGACAAAAAAAUCACCUACAGCAUACACAACUUCACCCCGAAGGUAGGCGAGAAGGACACGCAGAGAGCGAUCCGGCAGGCAUUUGAUGUGUGGCAAACAGCAACCCCACUGACCUUCCAGGAAGUGGCCUACUCUGAGAUUAAAAAAGAGGGCAAAGAGGCAGACAUCAUGAUUUUCUUUGCCUCAGGGUUUCACGGUGAUAGUUCUCCAUUCGAUGGCGAAGGAGGUUUUUUAGCUCAUGCUUACUUCCCUGGCCCUGGUAUUGGAGGGGACACACACUUUGAUUCUGAUGAGCCUUGGACGUUAGGCAACGCUAAUCAUGAUGGUAAUGACCUAUUCCUGGUGGCAGUUCAUGAGUUGGGCCACGCAUUGGGUCUGGAACAUUCCAAUGACCCAAGUGCAAUCAUGGCACCUUUCUACCAGUACAUGGAGACACAAAACUUCAAACUGCCACUAGAUGACCUUCAAGGCAUACAGAAAAUAUACGGUGUCCCAACUGCAAUGUUGGAGCCAACUCGGUCUCUCCCAACCCUCCCACCACGGCGGACUAAUUCUGACAGGAAAAAUGACCGUCAGUCCCGUCCUCCUCGACCUCCAUAUGGUGACCGGCCCUCUCCUGGCUAUGGAAAACCCAACAUCUGUGAUGGCAAUUUUAACACAGUGGCCUUUUUCAGGAGGGAGAUGUUUGUGUUCAAGGAUCGGUGGUUCUGGCGUUUGCGCAAUAACAAGGUUCAGGAGGGUUACCCCAUGCUGAUUGACCAGUUCUGGAAAGGUCUCCCUUCCCGCAUUGAUGCUGCUUAUGAGAGAUCCGAUGGCAAAUUUGUGUUCUUUAAAGGAGACAGGUACUGGGUAUUUAAGGAAGUGACAGCAGAGCCAGGUUACCCGCACAGCCUAGUGGAGUUGGGCAACUGUUUGCCCCGUGAGGGCAUUGACACAGCACUACGAUGGGAGCCUGUGGGCAAAACCUACUUUUUCAAAGGUGACCAGUACUGGCGCUACAAUGAAGAAAAGCAUGCAGCUGACCCGGGCUAUCCCAAACCCAUAACUGUGUGGAAGGGCAUUCCCGAAGCACCUCAAGGAGCCUUUGUCAGCCGUGAAGGAUUUCACACUUACUUCUACAAAGGAAAGGACUAUUGGAAAUUUGACAACCAGAAGCUAACAGUGGAACCUGGCUACCCGAAGUCUAUCCUUAAGGAUUGGAUGGGUUGUGACCAAACGGAAGCAGAGAAGAACAAGGACAGACACCUCCCCCAUGAUGAUGUUGACAUCAUGGUUGCCAUAAAUGAUGUGCCAAGCACCGUAAAUGCGAUUGCUGUGGUAAUCCCAUGCAUUCUGUCUCUGUGCAUCUUGGUCCUCAUUUACACCAUCUUCCAGUUUAAAAACAAAAGUGUCCCACAACCUGUGACCUACUAUAAACAGCCAGUGCAGGAAUGGGUAUGACAGACUAGGGAACACUGCAAAGUUAAACACUAAAAAUGCUAGUGAGGGCUAACAUGACAAUGUUCAGAAGCACCUACACAACCAGUGCCUGUUUACUGCAUUGUAAUGCGAGAGGUGGGGAUUGAAUCAUUGUCGAGUCCAUGUCCUUCCAUCUGGAACUAACUUUGAACAAAUUUUUUUUUUUUUUUUUUUUUUUUUUUUUUUUUAGCCAAAAGCACAGGUUUGCUAGGCUUUAACUGAUUGGUGGAUUGCAGAGACAGGAGCUUAACCAUUGCUUUGGCCUUACACUGCUACUGUAAAACCUUCUUUCCCAUUCUCUCACAACCUGGGAGUCUGAGGACCACCACAGUGAAUACUAACCAUCAUGAUUCCAAGGAGCACAAGAGGAACGAUGGUCAGAUUUCAGCAAAAGUAUAUUCUAUAUAUGUGCUCGACAUGGACUUGUAAAGGAAUUUCAAAAAUUGUUGAAGAAUGAAACAUAAAUAAGAGAAUGAUUCUUUGUUAAAGACUUGAAUAACAUAACAUUAUCGGUAGAAAGGCUGUAGAAAAGUAUUCAAAGGUGGCUUUGUGUAUCUUGUAGUCUUUUAUCAUGUCUUGGACAUUACAUUAGUAUAUCUAUAUCUAUCUAUCUAUAUAUAUAGAUAGUGAGGUCCAAAGGUCUGAGACCAUAUUGUUUUAUCGUUUUAAAACUGGAAAUACUAGAAGGUUUAAGAAUUUUUAAAUAUUUAAAAUAAAGAAAGUAUUCCAUAUUUUGAGCAUGUUAACUGCUUUAUACAAAAAGGGUCAGAUUUUCCUCAUGUCUAAUGUCUUCUUUUGAAGCAUGUGUUCAAACAGCACUCGCACAAAUAUGUGGAGUCUAGUUCGAAAGCAAAACUUCAUGUAUAUAUUUUGAAGAUUCUAAUUUUAUUCAACUAAUUAUUUAGUUCUUGUCAAUAAUAUGGAAAUUAUUGUGUUAAAAAAUAUGCAAAAUUGAAUUUUACUAGUGGUCUAAGACUUUUGGACCCCACUGUAUGUCCUAGGAAAGAAAAUUGUAUGUGGAAUCAUUAAGGAACAUGCAAGUACGGAAUCACUUGUGGGUUUUUUUUUUAGAGGGUUUGAAUUGUGUAGUGGGGAGGCAUCAAAAACAGCAUUUAUGCAUAUACUUCCCUUAUGUUAUAUAAUGCUAUUAUUAUGUUAACUACCUGACACAAAGAUUCUUCAUGAAAGAGCGUUUCCACACUUGAGUAUCAUUUAAAAUUUUGCUAACAUGACAUGCCAUCGAUUGAUCAGCCUAUGAUUCAUUUACACUGAAUAUUAGUAAUUAUUCCAUUUUGUAAUUAUACCAUUUUGAUGCCCUAAACCACCACUAUUUCUUAUACCUGAAUGCAGUGCACAGGCACUAUCAAGUGUCCUUUGGGUGAGUUUUUAUAGAUUUUAUAGAUUUGUUUUUCAUUAAUGUAUUGGUUACUAUCCCUUCAUAUCAACACUGCUAAUGCAGUUCCCCCAACAAAUAUGCAAAUAUGUUUGACCUGAAACAUUUUAGUGGCUCAAAGUCCCAUUUUUAAUGUGACAUGAAUAUUUUUCCAAAUAUGCUGGAUUUUGCAUGUGGUACUAACUUUUCCACAUCCACAUAACAAACUGUGGGAAGUAUAGGAUGUGGUGAUCAUGUUAACCUUAUCAAAAUAUAUAUAUCCUUUGGUUUUUAUUACUACAUUCUACAACCUUUUUGUAGCCAUGACAUAUUUCUAAGUGUAACCAGGCUCUAUGUGUAACUUUUUAGGAGUACUAACUUGGUGAGCAUUAUAAAACAUUGCUAAAUCCAAUCCAAUUUAAAUUCGGUGAUAUUAACAUUUAGCAAAAUUCCCAGUUCCUAUCCAGACUUUUUUUGAGGCUAAAAUAUUGUAAAGGUGAAAAUACCAUAGCUUCAGGUCUAGGGUUUGAUCCUGAGCUCAGGUUGCUGUCAGUGUGGAGUUUUGCAUGUCCCACCCAUGGCACGUUUAGUUUUAAACGGGGUGUCUGGUUUUCUCACCCCUGCCAGUAGAUAGACAGGCUACAAUAAAUUGCCAGUAAAAGAAUCCAGGGUGUAUUCCCAUUUUGUGCCCAGUGUUACUGGGAUAGGCUUUAGAGACCCCUAAAGUG